AUCGUAUCGCUCCGACUGUCGAACCAGAAUCGAGAAGCAACAACUCCGUUAUUCCUUCCUCACCGUCACCAUGCCGCUUCACAUGCCAUACCACUCGACGAUGGACAAGGAAGUCGUCAAGGCCGCUGGAAUCCUGAACUCGUGCUUCAGCUCCACGGUGUCCGCCGACAAAGCGAUCCCCGCCGAGAUGAUCCAGAACGCGGCUGGUCUUGCAUUUCUCACUGUCGUCAAGGCCGGUUUGAUCUGGACCGGUAAAAUGGGUACUGGCGUAGUGAUCGCUCGCCUCGAGGACGGCUCGUGGUCGCCUCCGUCUGGCAUCGGCACAGCCGGAGUGGGCUUUGGCGCCGAGAUCGGCGGAGAAAUUGUCGAUUUCCUCAUUGUGCUGGGCUCCCCUAGUGCCGUCAAGACCUUUAAAAAAGGAACACAGGUCUCUGUGGGUGCUGGUCUGGAGUUGGCCGUAGGUCCUGUGGGCCGUGCGGCGGGCGCCAGUGUUAAUGCCGGCGGAGGUGGCGUCAGUGGAAAUUACACAUACAGUCACGCCAAGGGCGCGUUCGCGGGCGUGGGUCUGCAUGGAUCCACAUUUAUGGUGCGUGGUGAGAUGAACAGUCAGUUCUACGGCCGCAAAGUUACCCCGAACGAGAUUCUGAGUGGGCAAGUAGCCCCACCGCCUGGAGCCUGCGACGUUUUGUUUGAUGCGAUUCGCCGCGCUUCCAACCAGCAGGGACUUGGCGUGGAACCCAAUCCGAAUUCAUUUGGUUCAGGCCGUACUAGCAGUAGUAACAGCUAUAGCCAUAGCAACGGGACUCCCGAUGCUGCAGACCACGCUGCUGCUGCGCGUGCUUCGUUCGCAGGAACGAACUCGUCGUCGUUCUCGAACUCGAACCGAGAUCCGCAGGUAUCGUCGUCGUCGGGAUCGUCUCGGUCCUUACCAGCGUCAUCAACAGUGCAACCAGACCCGAAUGACCCGCGGCUGAGACGAUACAGCUCGUACAAAUCGGAACGCGAGCUCUACGCUCAGUUUGAGCAGCGAAAGAGUGGCGUGGCCCCCCCUGCACCCACGGAGUCCACGCACAGUCACCCGACAAAUCCAGCAUUAAAGUACAAGUCGUACCCGGCCCCAGCACCCAAUGCGUCGUAUACAGCUCCCCCACAGGCUCAAGCAAUGUAUAAUUCGUUCGUCGAACCAUCGGCACCCAAGCCUUCGCAACAGCCUGUGCCACCCCUUCCGCCCUCAGCUAAGGGCGCUGAGAUGAAGCAGGUGUACUCGGAGGUGAUGAACUUCGUGCAGACAAAGUGUCCUUACGCAAACUUGCAGGUUUUCAAAGACAACUGCAGGCUCUUCGGCCAAGACGCCAUGUCCCUGGACGCCUUCUUUAGCUACCUACUGUCGAUUUGCUCGCAUCCGCUGAUGCAGGAGCUUGUUCCUCAGUUGGUGCGGCUGCUGCCUACACAGGAGAAGCGUGAGCGCCUUUGGACCUUGUAUGUACGCGAAAUUCUCCUGAUCAAAAUUUAAGGGACACACGUACAAAUCUUUAGUCAGCACGAGGACGACGACGAUUUAGCAUUAACAAUUCGGAAUGGAAGGAGCAGUAUGAACCUGUGAAUACUAUGGGUGUGCGUUUAUGCGCAUCAUUUCACAA